AUGUGUCAUGAUCACACUAACCAAGCCAGAGCUAGCUUGAAGAGUGCACAUAUAAAACUAUCUAGACCAGCCAGCAGGCAGAGAAAUGCACGAGAGAUUGGCAGAAAUCGAUCUCAGAUAUUUAGAUAUAUAUGGUGGCCUAGCUAGUGUUAGGCUCACAGCGCGCACCUUAGCUCACCAGAUUCAACCUCCUUUGCCAACAACGACCGGAGAAGUCCCGUGAGCUUAGCUCGAUCUCCUGCUAACGACGGGGCGCGCGCCGGCCGGCCGCUGGUGCGGAGCGCGGACGGACGGAGGCGGACGAGGCAUCAUCGUCGAUCGAUCGAUCCUAUACGCAUGGGGAACGCGCUGGGGUGCGCGGGGCUGGGCGAGCGGCUGGCGGCGGCGGCGAGGGACGGCGACGCGGCGGAGGUGCGGCGGCUGCUGGCGGCGGAUCCGGGGCUCGCGCGGUGCACGGCCACCUUCGGCAACCUCAGCUCGCCGCUCCACCUCGCCGCCACCAAGGGCCACCACGAGAUCGCGGCGGUGCUGCUGGAGAAGGGAGCCGACGCGAACGCGAGGAACGUGUACGGACAGACGCCGUUGAUGCAAGCCUGCCGCUCAGGGCACUGGGAGGUGGUUCAGACGUUGCUCGCCUUCAGAUGCAACGUGUGGAAGGCGGACGGGCUGAGCGGGCGCACGGCGCUGCACGCGGCGGCGGCGGGCGGGCACGUCCGGUGCGUGCGGCUGCUGCUGGCGGACGCGGCCGGCGCAGGCGAGGGCGCCAGUGCCCGGUACGCGAACCGGGGGGCCGGCGGCGGCGUCACGGCGCUGCACCUGGCGGCGCUGCACGGGCACGUGGACUGCGUGCACCUGCUGGUCGACGAGCAGGCGUCCCUGCACGCGCAGACGCUGCCCUGCGCCGCGGCCCCCAUGGCGGCCAUCGGCGCCGGGAGCACGCCGCUGCACUACGCGGCGUCCGGCGGCGAGGUCCGCUGCUGCCAGGUGCUCGUGUCCCGCGGCGCCGACCGCAUGGCCGCCAACUGCAACGGCUGGCUGGCCCUGGACGUGGCCCGGAUGUGGAAGUGCAACUGGCUGGAGCACGUGCUGGCGCCCAAGUCGCAGCUCCCCAUCCCCAAGUUCCCGCCCUCGCCCCACCUCUCCCUCCCGCUCCCCUCCCUCCUCGCCGUCGCCAGGGACUACGCCGCCGCCUCGCCGGACCCCUUCGCCGCCCUCGCCGGCAACGACGACGACGACGCCUGCUCUGUCUGCCUCGAGAGACCCUGCAACGUCGCAGCCGAAGUGUGCGGGCACGAGCUGUGCCUCAAGUGCGCGAUGGACCUGUGCACGGUGAUGAAGGCGUACGAGGUGCCGGGGCUCGCCGGAGCCGUCCCGUGCCCGCUCUGCCGGAGCGGCAUCGCCUCCUUCAGGAAGGCCGUGGUCGCGGCCGCCGCGCCGAACGAGGACGACCACCGCCUCAGCAAGAGCAGCAGCAGCAGCCUCCCCUGCGGGUGCGGCCGCUGCCAGGACCGCCACGGCAGCCCGGAGGAGGACGAGGAGGAGGAGGAGAAGAGCACAUGCCGGAGCUACGGCCGAGGCGGGUUGGGCGGCCCGGAGGCCGCCAUAGCUCCCCUGUACUGCGCCCCGUUCACCGGCCCCUCUGCCAUCUUGUCCUGAGCACCGACGGUCAUGGCCGGACCAUCAGAGUAUGCACGUACAAAAAGUUUGACAGGAGUAGAAUACAUUAUACGUACAUACGGACAUGCCAUACGUAGAAGCUGGCAUACCAUUUGAUUUGCUGUGUUUGUGGUGUGAAAUGCUGUAGAUACCGUUACGGUGGUGGUGGUGGGAUGACUGGCAUGCAGUGGACGUUCACAGAAAUUCUUUCUUGUAAAUUAUACUCCGUAGUCACUUGAUCCUAUGAAGUUGCGAUUCUUUUCAA